UGCAAAGUCCCAGCAGGGAGCCAGGGCAGGGGAAGCGGUCUGGAAGUGGAAGAUUUCUGCGGUGUGUUUGGGAUCUAGGCAAAGGAGGAGGAGGAGGAAGGAAGGAAGGAAGGAGGUGUCUCCUUUUUUGGGAGGAGUGGGUGGCCCCUUUCCCAAAGAGGAAGGGGAGGUAAGAAAUCCCUUGCAAGGUCUGGGGGACCAAACAAAACUCCUAGAUUGAAGAAAAAGAGAAGAUCGCAGGACUCUCCACUUCCUCCUCCUUUUCCUUUCCCCCUUCUUCCUUUUCUCCUCCUCCUCUUCUCAACCUGGGAGAGAGAGAGAGAGAGCCAUGCCUGGCUGGCCCCGCCAUGGCAGCAGCUGACAGCCCCUGAGCCCUUGCCAGAGAGCCAGAGCCCUUGGGGUCUCUCUCUCUCUCUCUCUCUCUCUCUUAUUCCUGGGCUUUGGGGGGCUCUCCUGGGGGGCUGCUGCCAUGGGUCUCCCGACGCUGGAGUUCAGCGACUCCUACUUGGACAGCCCGGGCUUCAGGGAGAGGCUGAAGUGUCACGAGGUGGAGUUGGAGAGGACCAACAAGUUCAUCAAGGAGCUCCUCAAGGACGGCAGCCUCCUGGUCGGGGCCCUCCGGAAUUUAUCCAUGGCAGUACAAAAAUUUUCCCAGUCACUUCAAGAUUUUCAGUUUGAAUGCAUUGGAGAUGCUGAAACAGAUGAUGAAAUUAGCAUUGCCCAGUCAUUGAAGGAAUUUGCUCGAUUACUGAUUGCAGUAGAAGAGGAGAGAAGACGCCUGAUCCAGAAUGCUAAUGAUGUUUUAAUAGCACCACUGGAGAAAUUUCGUAAAGAACAGAUAGGUGCAGCAAAAGAAGGAAAGAAGAAGUUUGACAAAGAAAGUGAAAAGUAUUAUUCCACCCUGGAGAAGCACUUAAAUUUAUCAGCAAAGAAAAAGGAGUCACACCUGCAAGAUGCAGAUACACAGAUUGACAAAGAACAUCAAAACUUCUGUGAAGCAUCAUUAGAAUAUGUCUUUAAAAUUCAAGAAGUACAAGAGAGAAAGAAGUUUGAGUUUGUUGAGCCACUUUUGGCAUUUCUUCAGGGCUUAUUUACAUUUUAUCAUGAAGGAUAUGAGUUGGCUCAGGAGUUUGCACCAUACAAGCAGCAGCUGCAAUUCAAUUUACAAAAUACGCGGAAUAAUUUUGAAAGCACGAGGCAGGAAGUAGAACGACUUAUGCAGAGAAUGAAGUCAGCAAGUCAGGAUUACAGACCACCAAGUCAGUGGACGAUGGAAGGCUAUCUUUACGUUCAAGAGAAACGACCUCUGGGAUUCACUUGGAUAAAACAUUACUGUACCUAUGACAAGGGAUCAAAAGCAUUUACAAUGAGCAUUUCUGAACCAAAGUCUGGAGGGAAAGUGAAUGGUCUUGUCCCAAGUACACCAGAAGUGUUCAAGUUGAAGUCCUGCAUACGAAGAAAAACAGAUUCAAUUGACAAACGCUUCUGUUUCGAUAUUGAAGUUGUUGAAAGACACGGGAUCAUUACACUGCAGGCUUUCUCUGAAUCCAACAGGAAGCUCUGGCUGGAAGCUAUGGAUGGAAAAGAACCAAUUUAUACUUUGCCAGCUAUUAUUAGCAAGAAAGAAGAAAUGUUCCUAAAUGAAGCUGGCUUCAAUUUUGUAAGAAAAUGCAUUCACUCUGUGGAGAACAGAGGUAUCACAAUCUUGGGGUUGUACAGAAUAGGUGGUGUGAAUUCCAAAGUUCAGAAGCUGAUGAACACUGUAUUUUCUCCUAAAUCUCCUCCUGACAUGGACAUUGAUUUAGAAAUUUGGGACAAUAAAACUAUAACAAGUGGACUAAAGAACUACCUCAGGUGUCUUGCAGAGCCACUGAUGACCUUCAAGUUGCACAAGGAGUUUAUUGUUGCAGUUAAGUCUGAUGAUCAGAAUUAUAGAGUGGAAGCAGUCCAUGCACUUGUACACAAACUGCCUGAGAAAAACCGAGAGAUGCUGGACAUCCUAAUCAAGCACUUGGUCAAAGUGUCAUUACAUAGUCAGCAAAAUCUCAUGACCAUAUCCAACCUUGGAGUUAUUUUUGGUCCCACACUCAUGAGAGCCCAGGAGGAAACAGUUGCUGCUAUGAUGAACAUCAAGUUUCAAAAUAUUGUGGUUGAGAUUCUCAUUGAACAUUACGAAAAGAUAUUCCACACAGCCCCGGAUCCCAACAUUCCUCUUCCACAACCUCAGUCCCGAUCAGGCUCAAGAAGGACAAGAGCAAUCUGCCUCUCCACAGGCUCACGUAAGCCCAAAGGCCGAUAUACGCCAUGCCUGGCAGACCCAGACAGUGAUUCAUACAGUAGCAGCCCAGACAGCACUCCUAUGGGCAGCAUAGAAUCACUCUCAUCUCAUUCAUCAGAACAAAACAGCACCACAAAACCUACAUCUUCUCAGCCCAGGGAAAAAGCAGGAGGUGUUCCUUGGAUUGCUUCAUCCCCAUCAUCUAAUGGACAGAAAAAUUCAGGCCUUUGGACCACAAGUCCUGAAUCAUCCUCAAAGGAGGAUGCAACAAAAACAGAUGUGGAGUCUGACUGUCAGAGUGUUACAUCCAUUACCAGUCCAGAGAAUGUGACUCCCCCAGUGGACCUCACCAAAAGAGGACUGUACAGUCUCUCUGGCAUGAAAAGAUCAUCAGCUUCAUCCAUCAGAUCAAUCCCUUCUGAAGGUAAUAAAAGCUGCAGUGGGUCAGUACAGAGUUUAGCUUCUUUGGUUUCUUUGGAUGCUAAGGAAACAACAAAGACACCAGAAAACCCAGACCUGCCUCCAAAAAUGUGCAGAAGACUGCGGUUGGAUACAACAUCGAGUAAUGGCUAUCAGAGGCCAGGUUCUGUUGUAGCAGCAAGAGCCCAGCUGUUUGAAAGUGGUUGCUCACUCAAACAAACUUCCUCAGGAAGACAAGCCAAGGCCAUGUAUUCCUGUAAGGCUGAACAUAGUCAUGAACUCUCUUUCCCACAGGGAGCAAUAUUUUCCAAUGUGUAUCCAUCUGUGGAGCCAGGAUGGCUAAAAGCAACAUAUGAAGGCAAAACAGGACUCGUUCCGGAGAAUUACGUUGUCUUUCUCUAGUAGUAGUUAGCAGACAGCAGUAUCUUCAUGGUAUCCAUGGUAACAAGCAAUAAGCACUAUGAUUUUUUUUAAUCUGACACAGAUGCGAGGAUCUGCCAGGUAGCCCUGCGUGUGGUAGAUUUCCUUCGACUUCUGCAACUGCAGAUUAUGUAGCUUCUUACAAGUGGAACAGAAUCUAAUGAAAACAGACAACAGGGUUUGUGUUUUGUUUUGUUUUUAAAAUUAUCUGAGUUUUGAAACAGAAUAUGGUACUUUUUUCUGUUAUCCACUAUUAGUAACUAGAAAUUCUUAAAAGAAGUCCUAUCAGCCAAAAGUAAGAAACUGAAAAUAAAAGAUUGGCAAAUUGGGUUUUCACUCCGCUGCCAAUUUAUUCUCAAUUGGUCCCAACCAUUUCAAGGAAGUCUUUGCUUUAAAUAGCUACCUAGAUGCUUUGGAAAUGGUCACAAUUUGCAAAUCCAAUGUAUGUCACAUGUAGGGCUGCAACACCCAUUAAUUUGAACACUGUUUAAUUAAUGUAUGUGAUUUCUGUUUUAAAAUGCAUUUUUAUGCAGUAUGUAUGUGUGCAUUGUUUUCCUUCACUAGUUUGUGCUUUAUCCCUAUAAUUAUUAAUAAAUUAUAUUUAUACUGUCUUUCACCCAGAAAUAUUGUACUCCUAAACCAGACGCCAACCACAUAGGUUAUGGCUUUGUAUUUUAUUUAUAGUUUUUACCUUUGGCCUUCACAAUGGACACCAGUGGAAUAAUUUAUUCCAAAUAAAAUAAUAAGAGCUUGAAAUUUCAGGGAUCCAAAAGUGACAAGGCAUUAAUGAUGUUAAGCCUUAAAUAAGAGCUAUUACUUCUCUGCCAGUUGUUUGACAUGUGAAACUGUGUUUAAGCUCUUGAUCUUUCUCUGGCAAAUUUGUCCAGUAGCUUAUGAAAAAGGUAAUUUUAAGUUACCCCAUCUCCUCCUCCCAUUAAGCAUGUAUUAUUUCAUUCCAUUCAACAUAUAAAAGUCAGCCUUGUUACUUUUGGAGCACUGUUUCUUCUGCUGAAUGGAGACCUGGCCUUCUGCCCUUGAGUUCACAUGUCUUGUUUUGUAAGCUAUGUAUUCUGAAAGUUCUUUUCAUAACUAAUAUGAUUGGAGUGUCAGUAAAAUUAAAAUAUUUGGUCAUUCUAUUAUUGAA